AUGAGUGGAAUAAACACUAGGAAUGCAUCUGGGUUGCGCACCAUUGAUAGUACAAACCUAGUUCAACCAUAUGUGACAGGAGAGAUGACUGGAUUUGAUGAAGGAUCAAAGAUAAAGAAUUUUUCCGUUGGGGAAUUCAAAAAGGUAUCAAAUGAAAAUGGUGAACUCAAAGUCAACGAGGUUGUAACCACCUCUGAAUGCUUAUCUUCCAAUAACGAAAACAGUGUUGUAAGUAUCGAAUUACUUUACGACAACGAGAGACUUGAGGUUGAUGAGGCGAGUCAUUUAACCACAAUUGACAUAUCUGCGCAUCAACCUCUUGUCUACUCGAAAGAGGAUCAUGAUAUCCAACUUCAGUUUGAUGAUUCAUCUUUAUCUGUAGAAGAAGAAAAACUGAAAGUGAUUCCCGAAAAUUAUGAGUUCCCAAUGUACCGUGAUGGUGAAUCACGGACGGUUGGUAUUCGAGUGGAUGAGUCAUUAUCCAUUACUGAAAAUGGCCUAUCCGUAAACUUUCCACCACCUCCGCCUUUAGAAACACUCAAGAAACCAUUGUAUCGGGAUAAUGGCCUUGGAAUCAAACUCCACAAAAGUCUAAAGGUGAACAAUGAAGACGAAUUGGAAACUAAUACUAGUCAACUGUUCAAGGCCUUUGGGGCAAUAAAGACCUCUUCAGGGGCCGACUCCAUUCUUGAUAUCGGAAGCAGUUGGCUCGAUUUCAGCUUCUCAUCUCUAACUGAACUAACAGACGUCUUAGGGGAGGUAGAUACGACUGCCAUUCGACUCAUGACCGACACUACUAUUUUUAGUCAAGCUGGUUCCAAGUUAUCUUUGAAGAGUCCAGGAUACAAGCAGAUACUGUAUGGUAACAUGACUUAUGGAUACAGUGGGAGUCCUUCAUUCACCUACUCUAGUACACUUUCGGAGUUGCAAGUACCGAAUGUCAAAUUAACUGGGGUAUUUCCUGCUAUUGGAGGAGGCUCGUAUGCAGUAUCAAAAGAUUACAUGGCCAGUUAUUACACAGGCUCUCAAACUGGGGCUGUCUCGGUGGGACCAGAGUUCAGUGGAAGACGCGAAAUCGGUGUGCUCGUUGACAAUCAAACAGUUCGGAUUGUAGGAAACCAGUUGACAGGUGGCUACAUUUUUCAAGACUUUAAUGGAGUGACCAUUUGCCCAGGGACUACAAAUGAUAUUCAACUUUCCCUUAAGUGUGAGGCUGGCAGUUUUCUUCAAAUGGUCAAAGCAGAUACCAUUAAAGACAUACUGACUUGCAGCAAUGGUAUCGAGAGAGUACAGAAUGACCUUCAAUUGAGUCUGAAAACCCAAGGCGCUUUGCAGAUGGUCAGGAAAGAUACGAUAAAGGAAGUAUUAAUGGCUAGCGAAGGCCUUGUUUGUGUUGGCAAUAACAUCCAGUUGAGUUUGAUAGCCGAGGAACCCGACCUGACAAUAGCCGGAGGAGUUAUCACCUGCAACAUUACAUCGGGUAUAGGCUUGAAGAAAGUUGCUAACAUCCUCUCCACUGACCUCAAGGGCAUCAAUGGAGUGCAAGUUUCGGGAGAUUUGAUUUCAUGUUCUCUUACAGGAAGCAAUACAGUUCUUCGAGUGGGGGAUACUCUGAAAGGCAAUUACAUCGGCUCGACCAAUUCAUAUGGAAGUGUGGUCGUUGUUGGUAAUACCAUUCAGUAUAACAUGAUUCCGCCACAAUUCAUAAGUAACAGUCCAAACCUUAUAAUAACAGGUUCGUACCCACUCUACAACUUUACACUCAUUGACCCUACGCCACUAUUGAAACAAAGGGAUACCAAUAAUACUGAACAGACUGAUACCACAGAAGUGUUAAAAACGGAUGUUCCAUCAGGCAACACGGUUAUUUUGUCCGGAGCAACUCCAUUAUCAACCGUACCUUUUCCAGCGAUGGUCUCCCCACCCUUGACAGUCCCUAUGGCUGUAAACUCCAUCCUCCCAAUCGUCUCAACGUUCCCUUGGGGAAUGAUUUUCGGAGGGUCAUGCAAACAUAAGGUUCAACAAGAUGCGGAAGGCCAACCUAUACUCGAUGGUGAUGGAAACCCUGUUUACGAACCAAUAGACCCUGUUACCUUCAUGCCACCACUUGAAACCAGGAGCAAUGUCGCAAUUGCUUCGGACCCGAUUGGAGGCUGCACUCGAUUACUAUUUGAUGUACUGAGUUGCUAUUGCACCAUCAAAUACAAAUACCCGCAGCAAGCAAUCAAUCUCUCAAUGUUAAGAGAUUACGACACCAAAGUUAUCAAACCUUGGGUAGGAAGCCAGAUAAUGGCUUUAACUUCGAAUAAUAUUACUUUUGGAAGCAAUAUCUCGGGUAAAGUAAUUACAGGAAGCAGAGUUCAAAUGACCGCCUCAUCAGCAGGACAAUCAUCUGUCUUUAUUUCGAACAGUUUUGAUUCAACAAAAAGCACCUGGUUCAGGCUCAAUGGAACAGGAUUCUUAGGAUACAACCCCGGGGCUUCAACAUGGCUUGGUGCUCAGGAUUUACCAAUGUUCAUAUAUCCUAGGACAUCUAGUAUGCCUACUCUAGGUCUAAGAGUGGACACAAAUGGUUCGUGUGUUGUAGGGGGUGACCUUACUAUCGGAUCAUCUUCUGUGAGCAGUCUACAUUCACUGGUUGUAACCAACCUUUCUUUAGGAACCAAUGCAUGCAGCAUUCUUUAUCUUACGGCCUCAGGAGGUUCUGGAGUGAUGUUUUUGAAUGGUGCCUCGCGAACAGUGGAUGGAGGAGCCUCGACAAUGACAUUAAGGAAUGAUGCAGGCAGUCUUAGGCUUCAAGCCCAGUCUGCUAAAGGAUUAACAAUACAGGCAAACACAGGAAUCGUUACAUUGGAUAGCACAACAGUAUCAACAUCUUCAACAACGGGUGCCUUAGUUUGUCCUGGUGGUGUUGGUAUUGCAAAGGACAUAUUCGUUGGUGGUAAUAUCUACGCCUCCACCAAUAUGAAAGUAGCAACGGAAACAUUCGUUACAACAGGAUUAGCAUCGAAGCAAAACUUAUCUCCUUUGCUCGACAAUAUCAGUAGUCUGACCCCGAUUGAUGGCACUUUUUUGAUGGGUGGAAAUGGUGGUUUUUUCUGGAUUGUACCUAAAGAUGAAAUCCUCAGCGCAUAUCAGCCCCUGAUUACACCUGCGAGUUUGCUUAACCUGAGCGGUUUAACGGUACAAAAUUCAAACACCAAUGCUUCAGCAAUCACACUAGGAAACACUAGUGCUGCACGGACAUGGAAUAUCCAUGUGGCUGGUUCAUCGAAUGGAAACCUAAUUUCUGGAGCAUUAGGCUUUUACUCGUCAUACCAAGAUAAAGGAUACGUAUUCCGAAUUGACCCAUCAGGUAAUACGGUCGUGAGUGGAGGCCUAGGAGUAUCAACUGAUGCAUAUAUCGGUGGAAUGGCUUACAUCGGAGGUCUCGAAGUUGCAUCUCAAAAAUUUGUAAUUGAUAACACUGCUCCAAUAAGUCAAUCCUUGUCUUCAUUGACAAUGAUGGUAACUAAUAACAACAAUUCCCCCACUACUGCACUCGCAUCGAAGCAGCCUAUGAACACUACAACUAAUAGCCUGUACACAAUGACGGUGCAGCCAGACAGUUGGCUUUAUUCUUCUGCUGGGACUACGUUCGAGAAUGUUACUUCCAGUCAAGUGAAAGGCAUCCUUGAUAUUGCUACAAAUGCUAGCAUGAACACACUUCUUUCUGGGAAACAACCCAGUAUCACAACAUCAACAAAUCUGAGUCUUGCUUCUGUUACUGCAAAUGGUUAUUUGAGUGUUCAAAAUGGCACCAAUCCCACCUUUAUGUCACUGGUAAAUACUUCAUCAAACGUGACUUGGGGUAUUCGAUUUGCAGGUUCAACAGCCGAUGGCUCUAACCCAGCAGGCGGGUUUGGAAUCAACUCUUCAUAUAACAACAUUGGCUAUGUGUUCAAGAUUUCUAAUACCGGUAUUACACAGAUAACAAAUACCUCACAAUCGACUAGUUCGACUACAGGAGCACUUCUAGUAAGUGGUGGUUUAGGUGUUGCCAAGGACUUGUAUGCUGGAGGAAAUGUAAUUGGUAGCACCUCUGUGGAUGCUCCAAACUGGGUGCAAUCUAGAAACAUUUCAUCUGGCAUAAACACAUACGCUGCUAUUGGUUGUUCCAAUGAUAGCGGAAAUGCAGCCUUACUUUUUCUCAACUCUUCUACAAGGACUGCUGAUGGCUCGUCGAAUAACGCUACUCUUCAUAACAAUUGUGGAGACAUGAACAUCCAAGGGAAAUCUGGUCUAGGAUUAGGUCUGCGGAUUGUUUCUAUUUCGAACGAAGUUAAGGUGUUGACUGCUACAGACUCCUCGUCUGCAACAACAGGGGCUUUACAGGUAUUAGGAGGUGUAGGAAUAUCGAAGACUCUGUGGGUUGGUAAUAAGGUAACAAGUGGGAAAGGAACAGGGUAUGGUUUUGGAUGGGGUAGCAUAGGUGGAAAUGUCAAUACUGGUGACAUGACAUUCUUCUCCCCAUCUUCGAAUGGCCAAGCCUUCUUCAAUGAUCAGAUUAACAAUGUCUGUCUGCGGGCAUGGAAUAUGAACCUGAGAUUCGGUGUAACAAAUAGUUCAUCUCAACUAGAUAUUCUCUCAUCUGGGAAUGUCAUUGUAAAUACAAGCACGGAUGCUUCAUCAUCAAUCACAGGUGCAUUCCAAGUAAAGGGAGGUGUUGGAAUAUUGAAGAAUCUCUACUGUGGAGGGAGUCUGUACUCCAAUAAUCUGAAAGUUGCAACCGAGAGUUACGUAGGGACAGCCAUUGCUUCAAAACAGACAUCGAGUCCGCUCCUAGAUUCUAUCAGUGGACUUGCAAUAUCAGCGAAUUCAUUUAUUGUUGGAAGUUCUGCUACAGGGUUCUCCACAAAAACCAUUGAAGAGGUGAAGUCAAUUCUAGGCAUUACGAAUGUCGACCUCUCAGGGAAGCAAAAUGCCUCUCCUUUACUCUCUACUCUCACUGCGAUGAGUCCAAUGUCUAACAUGUUUCUUAUGGGGGAUGAUGUAACGGGAUUUUCCCUUGUGAAUGAUAUUUCCGUUCGAAGUAUUUUAAACAUUGUUGACUAUGGACCCAGCAUAUCAGCACUGCAAACAUCGAAACAAGAUUUACUCACACCUACCAGCAAUCUGUUGGUAAAUACAAUUCUUGCUAAUGAUACAUCCGAGGCAACAACCAUAUCAAGUGGGGCUCUACAGGUUAAAGGAGGAAUAGGGGUUUCUAAAAGUAUCUUCUCAGGUGGAAACAUUACUGGAAAAGUUCUUAUAGCCUCCUUGUAA